CCUUCUCUAUUCUCCCCUUCCCCUCCACUCACGGCGGUGCCUCAGUGGCCCCACCUUCCGCAUCUCCUACGCCGCUUCCCCCGUCUGCUCUUGAGGGCCGCCGCAUCUGCGAGCUCCCCCGCCACCACCGCCUAGUAUGCAAGUUGAGCAGCCUCAGGUUUGACGCCGUUCGCCUUGCCCGACGACCCCACCCCUCUCGACCGGCUCCAGGAGGGGAGGACUUCGUAUGUGAGCUGCAAUGACCACGAGCCGGUUGCAGGGAAUCAACAUUCGCGCCCCAUGGGCACCUCAAGGGUUAAAUCAAAGGUGCAGGAAGAGAAGGUCCUUCAUUCCAACGGGCCAGCAAAUCCAAGGUUAUGUCUCUACAAAUACAAGGGGUGUGGGGUGUCUUGAAUCUCACUCUUUUUUUUUGAAGCAGUCACCUGUUGCUUUUUUUUUUGGAAGCAUUCACCGGUUGCUAUGGGUAUGCAUAUGUUUCUUCUCUUGGAUUGUAUGGAUUAACAUAUUCAAGAAGGAAUGAUAUAUAGUGACUUGUGAGGACUUCUCCUGCAGCACCGGACCCAGACUCAAUUCAGGACUCUCGACUGGUGGUCAGUCAUUCAGACAUUCAGUUUUGGAGAAAAAAAUGGUCACUGAUGCACGCUUGUGUGGAGCAGAAUAUAGAAAGGUCUUGUGCAAGGUCCUUGGGGGAAUCAGCUCCACAACCUGGCCAAGCAUGGACUACACGGCAAGCCUCGCAAUGACUGGUUCUGAAAUAUUAAUGACAACAGACUGUAUACAUCCAUGUAUGUAAAUGUGUGUGAUUUGGAGCUUCACUUACGAACUAGACCUGCACAACAUGAGCCUUCUCCUUGCCUUGGAGUUGCUGCUGUUCCUGCUUGCCUUGCCACACCUUUCUUCUACCUCAUUCUACUCAUUUGUCACUGGAUCGGCAGGCAGAGGCGCUUCUCCGAUGGAAAUCUAGCCUAAGCAGUUGGUCCUAUGAUUACCUGGACACAUGGACAAAGGGAAGCAACCCCUGUGACUGGACCGGCGUUGCCGUCAGCAACACCGUGCUGCCUCGUGGCCGUGACCAGGGUGAUUUUGCCCAAGUCGUGUCCAGCAUUUCGCUUCCAUACUGUUAUCUUGAAGGCAGGUUGGACAGUCUGCACUGCACUUUGCAGACUUGUCAUAUCUUGUCCAUCUGGACCUCAACGGCAACUCUCUCUCGGGACCAAUCCCGUCAAGCAUUGGUGCUCUCACCAAGCUCGAAUACUUGGAUCUAUCCAACAAUGGCCUGAGCGGAUCUAUCCCAACAUCCCUAGGUAAUUGUACUAAACUAAUCUCCAUUGACCUCUCUUACUACAAUUUGUUUCUACCAUGCCUAGUACAAUAGGAAGACUGGGGAAUUUGAUGAGCCUCUCGACUUUUCAGAGUUGCCUCGUCUUGUCUUUCUGGACCUCAGAUACAACACUCUCUCCGGCCUAAUCCCAUCAAGCAUUAGUUCUCUCGCCAAGCUCGAAUACAUGGAUCUAUCAGGCAAUAGUCUUCAUGGACCCAUCCCAACAUACCUAGGUAAUUGUACUAAACUAACCUCCAUUGAUCUCUCUUACUACAAAUUUUUUCUACCAUGCCUUGUAUAGUAGGAAAACUAGGGAAUUUGAUGAGCCUCUCCACUUUGCAGAGUUGCCUCGUCUUGUCCAUCUGGAGCUCAGAUACAACACUCUCUCAGGCCUAAUCCCAUCAAGCAUUGGUGCUCUCGCCAAGCUCGAAUACUUGGAUCUAUCGGGCAAUCUUCUUAAAGGACCUAUCCCAUCAUUCAUAGCUAAUUGUACUAAACUAACCUCUCUCAAAUUCUGUCAUAAUCUUUUGAGCAAAGGAUCCAUUGUAGGCAAUCGGACGAGUUUACGAUACUUAGAUCUUUCCAACAAUCUAAUAAAUGGUCCCUUCCCUUCAACCAUUCUGAAAUUAGCCUCUCUAACAACGCUGGCACUUCGAUCCAAUCAGCUUAACGGCCUAUUACCAUCAUAAAUUGGAAAUCUUAUUAUUCUCUCUCAUCUGGAUCUUUCCAACAAUCGGAUCACGGGUUCCGUCGGAAGCAUAGGAAAUCUAACAAGUUUAGAGUUCUUGGAUCUUUCAAACAAUCAAAUAAAUGGUUCCAUUUCUUCGACCUUCUCGAAAUUGACCUCUGUUACAACACUGUCACUUGGGUCCAAUAAGCUUAGUGGCUUAUUACCACCAGAGUUAGGAUCUCUUAUUCAUCCCACUCGUCUGGAACUAAGUAGCAAUCAGUUUGAAGGAAGCAUUCCACCUCAGAUAGGACAUUGCCACCUUUUAACAUCGUUACUCAUAUCGGACAACUUAUUGACGGGUGAAAUCCCACAAGAACUUGGGUAUCUCACCAACCUAUAUGAGAUGGAUUUGAGUAGAAACAAUUUAAGUGGUGCCAUUCCAGCGACCUUUUCUAAUCUUCCCAGACAGGCUAUGCUGAUUUUAGCAUAUAAUAGUUUGACUGGCAAAGUUCCAUCUAUCACAGCCUCAAUCUUACUUGACCAUAAUAAGGAUUUAUGCGGUGAUUCCAAUCACUUAAUGCCAUGUGAAACACUGAAGCUCGACAUGAACCACCAAAGCAGAAAACAUCCACGUAUGGUACUUCUUGCGUUUUUUGCACCCUUUUCCUUCGCUUGCCUCUCAAUAGCAAGCAUCACGGUUAUUUGUAGGAGAAACAAGUGUUCAAAAAGUAAAAGGAAAAGCAAGUCUGGAGAUAUACUUUCUAUAUGGAAUUUCGAUGGGAAGAUCGCAUUCGAAGACAUACUCACUGCAACUGAAAAUUUCAAUGAGAAAUAUUGCAUUGGCAUUGGAGGCUAUGGAACUGUCUUCAGAGUCGAGCUCGAAGGCGGGGUUACCUUUGCCGUCAAGCUCCUGCAUUCAAUGGAAGAAUUCAACGACGAGGAAACAUUUCACGCUGAGAUUGAAGUGUUGACAAAAAUCAGGCACCGAUGCAUGGUCAAGCUGUAUGGCUUCUGUUCACACUCCCAAUGCAAAUUUCUUGUGUAUGACCUUAUUGAGAGGGGAAGCUUAUCAUCCAUUUUGCACGAGCAAGAGCUAGCAAAGGAGCUGGACUGGUCAAAUAGAAUUGCUAUUGUGGCGGACAUAGCUCAAGCUCUCUCCUAUUUGCAUCAUGAUUGCGAUGAUCCUAUUGUACACCGGGACAUAAAAAGCAGCAACAUUCUUCUGAACCGAGAUUAUAAAGCUUAUGUCUCGGACUUUGGCAUGGCGAGGAAGCUGAAGCAUGGUUGCUCAAGCUGGAGCACUAUCUUUGCAGGGACAUGUGGCUAUAUAGCCCCAGAAUUGUCAUCCACCAUGGUGUUGACCGAGAAGUGCGACGUGUACAGCUUCGGUGUGGUUGCGCUGGAAGUUGUGAUGGGAAAGCAACCAGGUGAUCUGCUCCUUCCGUUCUUCUGCCGAACAGAGCAGCCGAGGAAGUUCAACGAUAUCCUGGAUCGACGCAUCGCUGUGCCGUCAACCAUUCAUGAGGAGAAGGAUGUCAUUUUGGUUGUCUUGGUAAAAAAAUAUAUUGGCCUGUAUAUUUGUAUUUGUGUGUAGAUUUCUAGGACGGAAGGAUUGGA